AUGGCUGCCUCCAUCAUGAACAACGUUCGAAAAGAUUGUUUCCGUAUUAGUUGUCAAGUGAUCGGACUGAGUCUCAGUCUGAGACCGUUGACAACACCAAGAAAUACAUUUUCACGGACAUAUAGUUCCAGUGCUCCAAUACAGAGUCAAAUAAAGACACAUAGAGCUCCAUUGAAUAUGCCAACUCGUUACUUAGGACAACCAACACCUUAUACCCACCCACAUCUCAUGAAAUAUGGUGAAAUCACUCCUGGAAUUGACAAACAGGAAUAUGUACAACGUAGAAAAAGAUUGAUGUCUGAGAUUGGAAAAUUAUCUGCCAAAGAUAAAGUAAAACAGCAUCACGUGGUUGUUGUUCUUUCACAUCCCCGUAUGUACAUGACUGACGAAAUCCCAUACCCGUUCAGACAAAGUACCGAUUUUCUUUAUUUAUGCGGUUUUCAAGAACCUAAUAGCAUACUGAUAUUAGAAAGUUUGCCUGAUCAGCCGUUACCAGCACACAAAUCAACACUCUUGGUGCCAAAGAGAGAUGUGCACAGAGAACUAUGGGAUGGGCCAAGAAGUGGAAUUGAAGGCGCACUAGAUUUUAUAGGUAUGAAUACAGCUUAUAACAAUAAUGAUCUGAGUGAAUAUCUAACACACUUCACCAAGAAAUCAAAUGUUGUACUCUGGUAUGAUUUUCUUAAACCAACACAUCCCGCAUUCCACAGUAAGUUAAUGAAGGGAUUAAUUCUACCAAUUCGUAAUCAAGGAUGCAGCAUUAAAACAUUAGAAGAAACAUUACAUCAGAUGAGAGUUAUUAAAUCACCAGCAGAGCAAGAACUGAUGAAACAGUCUGCAAUUAUUGGGAGUGACGCUUUGACAGACGUCAUGAGAAGCAGUCGGCCACUAAUAAACGAAUCUCAUCUAUAUGCUAUGGUUGAUUAUCAGUGUCGUGUACGGGGUGCUGAAUUUUUAGCCUACCCUCCUGUGGUUGCCGGUGGUAACAGAGCUAACACUUUACAUUAUACAAAUAACAACCAAACCUUACAGCCUGAUGAGUUAGUCUUAAUGGAUUCCGGUUGUGAAUAUCACGGAUAUGCAAGCGAUAUAACAAGAACCUGGCCUGUCAGUGGUAAAUUCACAUCAACACAGAGGACUCUAUAUGAUAUUGUAUUGGAUGUACAGAAGAAGUGUCUGAAGAUGUGUUCAGUAACAGACAUGACAUUGGAUAAGAUAUACAAUGAAAUGUUGACAAUAUUAGGAGGACAUUUACAAGAUUUGGGAAUUCUGACA